AUGAUUUUAGGCUUUGGUAUGGCGCCGACCCGUUGUGCUCACAAGCUGAGUGCCAACAAACAGCAAGAGAGGGUCGAUAAUCUUAUGAGUUUUCUUAAAACGGCCACCUGUCAGCAGAUGUCUACGAAAUUACGGGAUGUAUGGGCUGUUCCUCAAUCAACCAUAACCGAAGCUCGUUUGCUGCUGACCUUAGGAGCUGAUCCAUCUUGUUUGUAUGAGGAUGAUUAUGGAGAAGUCACAUUACAAAAUAGAGUUGAUAGUGGUAGUGUCUGCAAGGAUUGUAAAGCUAAAUUUGAUACCUUCUUACUUCAUUCCAUAAUUAUUUAUGAGCACAUGUGUGAACAGACUCCUAUCCAAAUACCGCGAGAUGGAAAAAAAACGAACGGAAGCGGCUUAUUGCCAUUAUGCCUCGAUGGUGGUGGGAUGAGAGGACUUGUUUCUGUUGUAUGUCUUCUGUUCUCAUCAAGACGAAUUUUGGGUGAUGAAUCGUUGGUGAACUACUUCGAUUGGUUUAUCGGCACGAGUACGGGUUCUAUGUUAGCUUUAUCUACUGCCAAAGGUCUAUCACUUAGCCAAUGCUUCUACUUGUAUUGGGAAAUGAAAAGACAAAUAUUUUUAGAGGGAUCUACCAUGUCCCGUCUUUUGGGAGAUCAAGUUACUAUACAAACUAAAAAUAUCGAGACAGUUUUAUCAGAAUGCUUUCCAUCUGAAACAUUCCAUAGUUGUAAUCGUCGUUUAACAGUACCAGCACUAGACAUUUCUAUCCAGCCAGCUAGACUACAUAUCUUUAGGAAUUAUUCCUUCGUGACGCCUUUUGGUUAUCCUCUAAGUGAUGAACAAGAUAUUUACUUUAAAGAUGCCGCUCGAGCUAGCAGUGCUGCCCCUACUUACUUCGAGCCAUUUUCUUAUAACAGCAAAAAAUAUGUGGACGGGUCAUUUGUAGCUAAUUACCCACUCAAUAUCUUAUUUAAAGAAUUCGAUUCCUUCCGCAAGCACAGAAAUCCAAUCACACUAGCUGGUGUGGUCUCUAUUGGAACGGGUGAACCUGAAGUCUCAGAGAGAAAGUACAAAAGCGGGACAACAUGGAAAUCAAAAGCCAAAAACAUCACUCAUCUCAGUACCUUAAUCUUAGAACAGGUUGUUGGGCAAGAUUUAACAGCUGUUGAAAUGGCUCAAGAAAGAUGCCUAGCUCAUAAUAUUCCUUUCGUGAGAAUUAGUCCAAAGGGGAUCAACGUGAGAAUCGAUCAAAUCGAUGAUGGUAAACUCAUGGACAUGAUUUGGACAAGCUUGUUAUGGCUUGUCGACAAUGUACGAGAAGUUGAUAAACUUGGCGAAUUGGUCUUUAAGCUACAUGCUGUACCAGAUGAGCGUAAAAGACGUAGCAAUACGGUUUUAUAA